UAGAACACACGCCUCGAGGCUGCUUUCCCAGCUCAUUUGGGUUUCACCUGCACGCGCACUGUCACUUCUCAGUACAAGCGAACGUGGCCGUCGGACACAUUCCCGCCGGUCUCUCUCUCUCACUCCCUCUCUUGAAAUAGCUUAGUAUAGUUUAAAUAAAUCACAAAUAUCACACUGUGGGCUUUCGAAAGUGAAUCGAAGACUGCGCGGUAAAACACACAGUCCACUUCGGGACGAAGGUUGAUUUUUGAAGAAUGGGUUCAUCCUCGUACUUGCUGCCUGUCCUCAUCGCAGCGGUGAUGUUUCUGCAAGCACGCUGCAUACCAACGGUCAUUGGCCUGUAUGGGGAGACUAUUGAAGUGCCCUGCAACAACGGAGUGGUCGAAGCCAUCCACGACCUUAUCUUCACCAAGUGGAAAUACGAGAAGUCUGACGGUACGGCGGGCGACCUGCUGGUCAAGCAGGCCCACAAGGAGGAGGCCACCAUCCAGGCCACCGACCGCUUCAGGGAUCGCGUCAGCAUCUCGGCCAACUACAGCCUGCUCAUCGCCGACGGCACGCUGGCCGACCAGACCAUCUUCACCUGCAUGCUGGUGUGGGGCAGCAACGUCAAGGAGUACCCCGUGGAGGUCAUCGUGCACAAGAGACCCUCACCACUCUUCAUCAAAGACAGAGCGAACCAGUUGGAAAAUGGCCAGCUUACAACCCUGGGUGAGUGCUAUGCCACUGAUGCCAACCCCGCUGCCAUGUUGUCCUGGAAGAAAAAUGGCCUUCAGUUAGACACCAGUGACCCCUCUAUUACAAUUACCAGUAAAGUGGUAAAGGAGCCCACCACUGGCUUGUCCACCACCUCCUCCCUCCUGCAGUACACGGCGGGCAAGGAGGACGUGGGCGCGCAGUUCACCUGCCUGGCCGUCCACGAGACCGGCAACCUGGAGACCACUCCUGAGAUCUUCACCAUCCACUACCCCACAGAGGUGGUGACGCUGCAGGUGCUCCCCAAGGGUACCAUCAAAGAGGGCGACGACGUGACUCUGAGGUGCCACGCGGACGGCAACCCUCCUCCCACCAGCUUCAUCUUCUUCAUCAAGGAGGACAGAGUGCCGGUGGUGGGUAAUGACACCUAUGUGCUGCGCAGCGUGACGCGAGACAGCACGGGCUCGUACAGGUGCUCCCUGCCUGAGGACGAGAAGAUGCAGGGCUUUGGAAACCUCCUGGUCAACUUCCUGGACCUCAGCCUGAGUCCCUCGGGGACGGUGCUGAAGAAUGUCGGGGACACCUUGGUGGUGGACGUGCAGAAGAACGCCUCCGGGGUCCCCCAGGUGUCCUGGACCAAGAACAAUGGGAAGCUGGAUGCACAGCCUGACUUUAAGCAGCUGACGUACGGCCACGCUGGGCUGUAUGUGCUGGAGAUGUCUGUGGCCGGCAUCAAGCGAAUCGCCUCCUUCAGCCUGGAUGUCCAGGGCAAGCCGAAAAUCAAUUACCUGACUGAGCAGCUGAGUGCGGACGGCAAGACCAAGGUCCUGAGCUGCCAGGCGGAGGGCUCGCCCGAACCCAGCGUCCAAUGGAGCAUUAAUGGCACCAAUGAGAAGUCCACCCCCCACGCUAACGGCAUGGUGGUGCACAGUAUCACGGUGGAACCGCGUAAGAACCUGACGGUGGUGUGCACGGUCAGCAACAGCCUGGGAGAGGACUCCAUGGCCAUCCUGGUGGCAUCCGUAAUUAUGGAGAGUGUGCCCGAAGGAGAGCGCUCCAGUGGUAACGACCAGGCCAAACUCAUAGUGGGCAUCGUAGUGGGCCUCAUUCUGGCGGCGGCCAUCGUUGGACUCAUCUACUGGCUCUACAUGAAGAACUCCAGGCAAGGCAGCUGGAAAACCAGAGAGAAGGAGAUGGGCACCUCUGAGGAAGAGAAGAAACUGGAAGAGAACAACCACAAAGCCGACGUGUAGAGCUGCCACGCACACAUAGGAAGGGAUGGAGCAGUAGCAGGGCCUUGUCACACUGAAAAUUGUCAUAACGUCGCCAUCUUGGAACGAUGUCUGAAACGCCAUCCCAUCCCAUCUCACCCACCCACCCCCCUCCCUCACCUCAUCAGUCUAAGCAUACGCAGCACGCCUCUCAGAAAACAAACGCUCCUUGUGCAGAUGGACUCCACAUUACAGCAACCAUUCAUCUAUUCAUCCAGACAGACAAAUGCUAGAUUGAACUUUAAUUGAGCUUUGAUUUGCGCCUCCUCACCUGCACUGAAGACUUGCUCCGUCUGGUUUCUCCCGUGCUCCUGGUGAGGGAUCUCUCGUCAUCAUCAUUAUCAUCAUCACCACAAUCAUCAUAUAACCAUCAGCCACAAGUAAGACUUGGAUCAGCAUCACCGAUGUCCGGCUGGAGGAUUCUGCACUUGCUUUCCUUCAGUAGAAAGUAUUACGUUCCUGAUACACGUUUGUUUUUAUGUUUAUCUUUUUAAUUAACAGGCCUUUGUAAAUAGCUGCAGCUCGCUCAUGAAGUGUACUGGGGCCUAUACUCAGAAGCUGGUU